GAUUAAACCAUUUAAAACUGACACAUGACUCUUGAUACGGUGUCGUUUUCCAGUCAUGUUUUCGACUCUCCCCUUCAGGGCUUAGCAGCGGGCGGCACAGGGAGCCAUUUUCCACUGAUAAUGGCGCUGAAACUGCCCAUCUCAUUUCCCAUUUUCGUGCCGCCGUCACUACAAACUACGUUUCCAUGCCCAUACCUGAACUCGCCGAGCCACCACCGGCCCACCGAGAUCCGUUUAUCGAGGUGGAAUAACGCAAACGCCGAGAAAUUCAAUGAGCGGCGGCGUGCCCAGAAGGAGAUUGAGGAUGACAUCCGCCGCUACCGCCGCUUCGACUCUGCCAACAAAAUUGCCACCCUCGACGACUCCGCCGCCACGUCAACAAUCGGAAACCAGAACGGAAGGUUUAAGUCUCUCGGAACGCCGUCUUCUCCGUCGAAGCCUUCGAUCCCUGGGAAGAAAUCCAAGUACUCCAAACCCCCCGACCCCCACCCUGCGAUUCGUAAACUCUCUAAAACCGCAAUUCCUCCUCGGCGGCAACCAAUCGACAAAGAAGUGAAUGUUACCAUUGCUGAGGACGGAGUCUCUUAUGUCAUCGACGGCGCCCCGUUUGAGUUCAAGUACAGCUACACGGAGACGCCGAAGGUGAAGCCGCUUAAACUAAGAGAACCGUACGCGCCUUUCGGCCCUACUACCAUGCACAGGCCGUGGACUGGCGGUGCUCCGCUGCCACCCAGUAAGAAGAAGUUGAAAGAGUUCGAUUCUUUCGUGUUGCCGCCCCCUAAUAAGAAGGGGGUCAAGCCCGUACAGAAGCCCGGUCCUUUCUUGCCAGGGUCUGGCCCCAGGUAUGUGAAGUCGAGGGAGGAGAUAUUGGGAGAGCCAUUGACGGAGGAAGAAGUUAAGGAGUUGGUUAAAAGCUGUAUGAAGUCGGAAAGGCAGUUGAAUAUGGGUAGAGAUGGUUUGACACACAACAUGUUGGAUAAUAUACAUGCUCACUGGAAGCGGCGAAGAGUGUGCAAGAUAAAAUGCAAAGGAGUGUGUACUGUUGACAUGGACAAUGUGUGCCAGCAAUUAGAGGAAAGAACAGGAGGAAAGAUUAUUUACAGAAGAGGAGGCGUGCUAUACCUUUUCCGAGGCCGAAACUACAACUAUAAAACCUGUCCUCGAUUCCCACUUAUGUUGUGGAAACCAGCCACUCCUGUGUAUCCGAGGUUGAUUCAGCAGGUUCCUGAGGGUCUAACACUAGAAGAAGCUACUGAAAUGCGAAGGAAAGGACGGGAGUUAAUGCCAAUUUGCAAGCUAGCGAAGAAUGGUGUGUACUGUGACCUUGUGAAAAAUAUAAGGGAGGCAUUUGAAGAGUGUGAACUGGUCCGGAUUAAUUGUCAAGGGAUAAAGGGUAGUGACUACCACAAGAUUGGUGCCAAACUCAAGGAUCUUGUCCCAUGUGUUCUAAUUUCAUUUGAACAUGAACACAUACUCAUAUGGAGGGGACGGAAUUGGAAGUCCUCUCUUCCAAAACCAGAGGUAAACUCAUGGCUCCAAAAUGUAAGUACUGCCGAUUUUGCAACUUCAGUAACCACAGAGAUGGAAGGUCCAGAAAAAUCAUCAUCUGGUAACCAAACACCAAUAAUAAUGAAUGCAAAUCUCACCAUACCAAGUACUAGCCCACCACAUGUAAGUUCUCAAGAGAUGUUUGCAGAGCAAAUCGAGGACCUCUCUGACAUUGAGAGUGAUGGCCCAUAUGUAUCAACAUGUGGUGAUAUCAGCUACACUGAUGAAACAGUGUUGGAUGUUACCAGCUACACUGAUGAGUUAAAAGGCAUGGAGAGCACCCAUGGAGGUGUGUCAACUUGUGGUGAUUCCAAUUUUGCUGAUGAUGAAUUGGAAGCUAUGAGCAAGAACUAUGUAGGUGAGAAAAUGUUGGAUAAUACAGGCUCUGUAAAUAAAGCUCCAGUAGUUAUGCCAUUGGAAAGUGCCCCCGUGCCUAGAAGUGCCGAGAGCACUGUGAAUGAAUUGGAGCCUUCUGAUGUAGGUUCUAUAAAUCACAAGAAGCUGCAGUAUGUUGCAGAAGCCUCUGAAAAUGGCAACAGGACAACAAAAUUGGACACACGGUGUACUGAGGGAGUAUUACUUCUCUUGAAGCAGGCUGUUGAAAGUGGCAGUGCAGUUGUCUUAGAUGAUGCUUCUUUGGAUGCGGACAAAAUUUAUGAAAGGACAGUUGUCUUUGCCCGGUCUGCACCACCUGGGCCUGUUUUCAGGCGUCGACCACGGAAGGCAGCAGUUAAGAACAGUGAAAAGCAAGAACCUGAUGUUUUGGAAGUGAAGGAAGUUGCACCAAUUCGCAAGAACAGUGCAAAUCAGAAGCAGACUUCCAAAAUUCAAAGAAGGAAAGACAUAGAAGAACGUUAUCUAGAUGUAGUACCAAAGGGAACCCUGAAGAUUGAUGAACUUGCUAAGCUAUUAGCAUAAAUAAACUCAAACCACUUCUUUGCCCUUUUUGUACAUAACCCUCGAUCCCUUAAAGCCUGAGAACUGUAAUUAAUUUGAAUCAAAAUUGCAAUGUUCUCAUUCAAUUCAUGUUCAUUGCCGUCGGAAUCCCAUUAGUUUGUCAUUCACCCUAGGCAGAUGCACUCUCUCGGAACUAGGGAUCCUAGGAUCCAU